AUGGCGGCGGAGGAGGAGGAGGUGGUGGCCGCGGCCGAAGCGGCCAUUCGCAGCCAGAGGGUCUUUCUAAACCAUUUGGACUCCUACAGCGGCAGCAGCAUCGGGAAGUAUUUAUCCAACUGUGUUGUUGGAGCAUCACUUGAAGAGGUGGGAGAGGAAGAGGAAGAAGAUGAAGAUGAAAUUAUGUCGGCUAUAGCUGUUACUUUCAGUAAACCAAAGGAGGGAGUCUACCAAAUAGUGGGGACUCUUGCUAAGGCACAGAGUAUGAAACCAGAUUUUGCUCAGGAAACUUACACAAUCUCUACUCGAGAAGAACUUCUAGGUCACCUACUUGAGUGUGAUGUCAUUAUUUAUAACAUCACUGAAGAUGCAAAUCAAAUUGAAGAAGCUACUUGGGCCGCUUCUGCAUUACAUGGAGAGGUACUACAUUUUGAGAAACCAAAGUUAUUUAUCUUAGUUUCAACAAUAAUGACAUGGGCACGAAGCAAACCUCUUGACCCAGAUGAUUCAGAAAUUCCUUUUACUGAAGAAGAUUAUCGCAGAAGAAAACCUCACCCUAACUUUAUGGACCAUAUAAAUGCUGAAAAAGUGAUUAUCAAACUUGGAAAAACAAACAAAAACAAAUUUUCAACCUAUGUUGUUGCUUCAGGACUUCAGUAUGGAGCUGAAGAAGGAAUAUUUCACUACUUUUUUAAGACAGCUUGGCUUGGUGAGACUCCUGCAAUACCAGUUUUUGGUGAUGGAAACAAUUUUCUUCCAACCAUUCAUGUUGUUGAUUUAGCAGCGGUGUUACAAAAUAUAGCUGACCAUAGGCCAAAGACUCACUACAUUGUGGCAGUGGAUGAAUCUAUACAUACUCUUCAAGCCAUAGUUAAGUGCAUUAGCAAAAAUGUUGGACCAGGAAAAAUCCAAAAGAUUCCAAGAGAAAACGCUUUCUUAAGCAAAGACUUAACGCUUGGAGUAAACAAGCAAACACAUUUGGAUAUGUUACUUGUGAACCUGCGGAUGGAAGCUGUAUUCUUGAAGGAGAACUUCAACAUUAAGUGGGUUGCUCAGACAGGACUGGUGGAGAAUAUUGGGCAAGUCCUCAAAGAAUACAAGCAAAGUCGGGGAUUACUGCCAGUCAAAAUUUGUGUUCUUGGUCCUCCUGCAGUUGGGAAAUCUACCAUUGCUGAAGAACUCUGCAAACACUACAAGCUACAUCACAUUAAAAUAAAGGAUGUAAUUUCUGAAGCAAUAGAAAAUCUGGAGAAAAUUAUUGCUCCUAAAGAAACAGUGGAAACUGAAGAGGUGGGUGAGGAGGGAGAAGAAGAUGAAGAAGAAGGGGACACUAUAGAAGAGGCACAAGAACUCUUAGAUGGAGUCAAAGAAAACAUGGAGCAGAAUGGAGGUCGUCUAGAUGAUCAGUAUGUGAUUAAAUUCAUGAAAGAAAAGCUAAAAUCUAUGCCUUGCAAGAAUCAAGGAUAUAUUUUGGAUGGGUUUCCAAAGACUUAUGACCAGGCAAAAGAUCUAUUUAAUCUUGAAGGUGAUGAGGAAGAAGAAGAGACAAGAAGCAAAGUGCCUCGCUAUGAUAAAUUAAUCACUCCCGAAUAUGUUAUUUCAUUGAAUGCCUCAGAUGAAUUCCUAAAAAACCGAGUAAUGAAUCUUCCAGAGAGUGUUGUGGCUGGAACUCAUUAUACUCAGGACCGGUUCUUGAGAACUCUCAGUCUCUUCAGGGAGUUAAACACUGAAGAUGAGACUGUUCUCAACUAUUUUGAUGAACUUGAAAUACAUCCACAGUUUAUUGAUGUAGCAAAGUUUGAGGAUCCUGAGAACAAAUUUAUUGUAAAAGAGAUCAUCAAAGAAACUGGAGAACCUCGAAAUUAUGGUUUGACAGAUGAAGAAAAGGAAGAACUAGAACACAAAGCAGCUGAGGCACGCCUUGCCAAAGAAGCAGAAGAAAAUGCUGAACAGGAGCGUAAAGAAGCUGAGGAAAGGGCUGAAAAGUUGGCAAACUGGGAAGAGUGGGUGCUGAAAUGA